UAUUUAAGGCCAGCUGCCCAGCCCAGGAGCCGCUUUCUUGCCCGCUUGCGUGCCUACAACAAGGAGCAUCCUCUCCUCCUCCGUCCUCAUCCUCUCUUUCUCUCCUUCCUCUCAUCCUCCUCUCAUCCACCACCGCAGAGAUGGACGCCAUCAAGAAGAAGAUGCAGAUGCUGAAGCUGGACAAGGAGAACGCCUUGGACCGGGCUGAGCAGGCCGAGGCCGACAAGAAGGCCGCCGAAGAGCGCAGCAAGCAGUUGGAGGAUGAGCUGGUGUCCCUCCAGAAGAAGCUCAAAGGGACAGAGGACGAGCUCGACAAGUAUUCUGAGUCCCUCAAGGAUGCCCAGGAGAAGCUGGAGCUGGCUGAGAAGAAGGCCACCGACGCUGAGAGCGACGUCGCCUCCUUGAACCGGCGCAUCCAACUGGUAGAGGAGGAGCUGGACCGGGCCCAAGAGCGCCUGGCCACCGCCCUGCAGAAGCUGGAAGAGGCCGAGAAGGCGGCCGACGAGAGCGAGAGAGGGAUGAAGGUGAUUGAAAGCCGGGCCCUGAAGGAUGAGGAGAAGAUGGAGAUCCAGGAGAUCCAGCUCAAGGAGGCCAAGCACAUUGCAGAGGAUGCCGACCGCAAGUACGAGGAGGUGGCCCGUAAGCUGGUGAUCAUUGAGAGCGACUUGGAGCGUGCGGAAGAGCGGGCCGAAUUGUCGGAAAGCCAGGUCCGACAGCUGGAGGAGCAGCUCCGGGUCGUGGACCAAACCUUGAAGGCGCUCGUAGCGGCCGAGGAGAAGUACUCCCAAAAGGAAGACAAGUAUGAAGAGGAAAUCAAAGUCCUGACUGACAAACUGAAAGAGGCUGAGACCCGGGCUGAGUUUGCGGAGCGGUCAGUGACCAAGCUGGAGAAGAGCAUUGAUGACCUGGAAGAGAAAGUGGCGCACGCCAAAGAAGAGAACCUCAACAUGCACCAGAUGCUGGACCAAACUUUACUGGAGUUGAACAACAUGUGAAAAGGAAACGAAACAACACAAAAACAAAUUUGCAUCCCGACUUCGCUCUCUCACUUUGCCACGGAUCGGUUUGUUUUGACACCCGCUUGCCAUGGGAUAUUUCCCCCUGAAAACAAGAAAAGUGUCGCAUAUUUUAAAAUAUUAUUAUUAUUAUUACUAUUUUUCUCUCCACUUUUGGCACAAAACGGGACACAAAAACGGGGCAAAUAUGGGAAAUAUAACAUCUAGGUUGCGGGUUUUGUGCCGAAUUUCCCAAAUGCAAAUGGAUCUAUCCCUGCAAAUCUUGCACGACAGCAAAGAUCAAUUAUUGGAAAGACAGGGAGGCAUUGAUUAUUGAUCACCUAAACUUUUUAAAAAUUUGCAUUAAUUCAGUUGCGGAUAGAAAAGGUCUUUAGGCCCUGCACCCAGUGUGCCGAUCACCACUGGGACCACCUUGACUGGUUUGUGCCAGAGUCUUUGCAUCUGUAUAUGCAGAAAUGAUCAAUCAUUGGAAUUGGUUAUUGAUCGGCAAAAAGAGAUAUUUGCACAGUCUAUUAAUUCAAAUCCUUGUUGCAAAUGGAGAGGACCUUUCAUUUAUAUAUGAAGCAAAUAUUGAUCAUUAUUGGAAAUUGGAUAUUCUUGGGUAUGGAGCAAGGAUCAAUUAUUGGAAUUGGUUAUUGAUCAGCCAAAAAACAGAUACUUGCAUGGUCUAUUAUGUUGCUGAUAGAGAGGACUUUUCACCAAGAUAUGAAGCAAAGAUCAAUAAUUAUUGGAAUUGGAUAGCCUUUUCACUUGGAUAUAGGAAGCAAGGCUCAAAUAUUGGAAAACCAGGGAGGAAUUGGUUAUUGAUCGGCAAAAAAGUCAUAUUUAAAUCCAUGUUGAGGAUGGAGAUGACUUCACUGAUAUAUAUGAAGCAAAGAUCAAUAAUUAUUGGAAUUGGGUAGCUUUUUCACUUGUAUAGGAAGCAAAGAUCAAUUAUUAGAAAGCCAGGGAGGAAUUGAGUAUUGAUCAGUAUGCCUUGUGAAUAUGGAAGAUAUUUGUAUGAUCUAUUAAUUGAAAUCCAUGUUGCAGAUGGAGAGGACUUUUCACCUAUCUAUGAAGCAAUGAUCAAUUAUUGGAAUUGGUUAUUGAUCGGCUCCCCAAAAUAUAUAUUUUUUGCAAAUAAGGAAGAUAAUUAUAUGGUCUGUUAAUUCAAAUCCAUGUUACAAAUGGAAAGGACUUUUCACCUAUCUAUGAAGCAAUGAUCAAUUAUUGAAAUUGGUUAUUGAUCGGCUCCCAAAAAAUUUUUUUUUGCAAAUAAGGAAGAUAAUUAUAUGGUCUGUUAAUUCAAAUCCAUGUUACAAAUGGAAAGGACUUUUUACCUAUCUAUGAAGCAAUGAUCAAUCAUUGGAAUUGGCUAUAGAUCCGCAAUAUAUAAUAUUUGCAUGGUCUAUUACAUCAAAUGCAGAUGGAGGCGAUCGUUUGCUCAUAUAUGAAGCAGAGAUCAAUAAUUAUUGGAAUUGCAUAUACCUUUCACUUGUAUAUGAAGCAAUGAUCAAUUAUUGCAAGUGUAUUGAUUGGUUCUAUAUAUGUUGCAUGGUCUAUUAAUUGAAAUCCAUGUUGAGGAUAGAGAGGACUUUUCACCAAUAUAUGAAACAAAGAUCAAUAAUUAUUGGAAUUAUUGUAAACGAAGCAGAGAUCAAUAUUUGGAAAACCAGGGAGGAAUUGAUCAUUAUUGAUUGCCAAAACAACACCAAAAAAAGAUAUUUGCAUUGGUUAUUAAUGUUGCAGAUGGAGAGGACUUUUCACUUGUACAUGAAGCAAAGAUUGAUGAUUGGAAUUGGUUAUUGAUCGCGAAAAAGAAGAGAUAUUUGCAUGGUGUGUUAACGAAUUCUCAUUGCAGACAUAGAGGAUGAAGCUAAGAUCGGUUAUUGAAAAUCCAAGAAUUAUUGAUCGGCAUAUACUGCAAAUAAUAAAAUGUAUGUGUAUGUGUGUUCACUCCCACGAUUCAA